AACCAUUUUGAUACGUAUCUGUCAAACACUCAUUUGUAUAUACGGCAUUUUGAAUCCUUCGCACAGAAAAGAAGGAAAAUCUACUGAGCGGCUCAAACCAAAGAAGGUACACACAACUAUCGCAACCAAUUCAACCAAGAUGCUAGAGCAAAUCAAUAAAUUCAUUGAAUACUGGUGGUUCCGCUACUUGAUGGUCACCGAAUUGUAUAUAGUGGAGAAAUGGGAACGAGUUACAAUGCACGUCAUCAUUCUGUUGCUGUUCUUGUUGGUGGGCUAUUUCAAUUUCAGUGUACUACUGCCGUUAGCUUCCAAAUUGAUACGACCUGCAUUCGAUUGGCGUGCUGACCCAAUCCACUACUGAAUCAUUGUUCUGUGUUAUAAUAAUCAAUUUGAAGUGAAUUUUUCAAUAAAAAUAAGCC